GCAAUCUCUACAAACCCAAUCCCCUCCCCUCCUCUCGCUCGUCUACCUUCCAUCAUCCCAUCUCUCCUUAGCUUCUCUCUCACACCGUACCGUACCAUGGCCGCCGUGACCGCCGCGGCCGUCUCUCUGUCGUCCUUCCCGGCUGCGGCCAAGGCGGCCGCCGCUUCGCCGCCGUCCCCGUCGUCAUGCAUCACGUACCCGCGGCGCAGCGCCGCCCGGGCGGUGCGCGUGCAGGUGUCCACGACGGAGACGGCUGAGGCGGGGCCGGCGCCGGUGAAGACGGAGAAGAUCUCCAAGAAGCAGGACGAGGGGGUGGUGACCAACAAGUACAAGCCCAAGGAGCCCUACGUGGGGAGGUGCCUGCUCAACACCAGGAUCACCGGCGACAAGGCGCCGGGGGAGACGUGGCACAUGGUCUUCAGCACAGAAGGCGAGAUCCCUUAUAGAGAGGGCCAGUCCAUCGGCGUCAUCGCCGACGGCGUGGACAAGAACGGCAAGCCGCACAAGCUCAGGCUCUACUCCAUCGCCAGCAGCGCCCUCGGGGAUUUCGGCGACUCCAAGACCGUGUCGCUGUGCGUGAAGAGGCUCGUGUACACCAACGAUCAAGGGGAGAUCGUCAAAGGAGUCUGUUCGAACUACCUAUGUGACCUGAAGCCCGGCGCUGAGGUGAAGAUCACAGGGCCAGUCGGCAAGGAGAUGCUCAUGCCCAAAGACCCCAACGCAACAGUCAUUAUGCUCGCGACGGGUACCGGUAUCGCCCCCUUCCGCUCCUUCUUGUGGAAGAUGUUCUUCGAGAAGCACGACGACUACAAGUACAACGGCCUGGCCUGGCUGUUCUUGGGAGUCCCCACGAGCGACACCCUCCUGUACAAGGAGGAGCUGGAGAAGAUGAAGGCGAUGGCGCCGGACAACUUCCGGCUGGACUUCGCGGUGAGCCGGGAGCAGACGAACGCGGCGGGGGAGAAGAUGUACAUCCAGACGCGGAUGGCGGAGUACAAGGAGGAGCUGUGGGAGCUGCUCAAGAAGGACAACACCUACGUCUACAUGUGCGGGCUCAAGGGGAUGGAGAAGGGCAUCGAUGACAUCAUGGUCGACCUCGCAGCAAAGGACGGGAUCGACUGGAUUGAGUACAAGAAGCAGCUCAAGAAGGGCGAGCAAUGGAACGUCGAAGUCUACUAAUGAAUCCAUCAUCAUCCCAUCCGUCGUAUAUAUAUACUACUACAUGCAUACAGGCGUCGUCACCACAUAAUAUCCAUCAUCAUUUUGUUGUGCGAUGAAUAUGCUUGCUUGCCUGCCCGCCGCUUGCCUCUCGUACGUAUCAAUCAUCAGUCUAGCUUUUUACUGAUCGAGCUUGCUGAUGAAUUCAAACCGAUCAAAAUAAUUGGCUCGUCCGGCCGGUCGAUUCUUGUACAUAUUUGAAACCCCGCCAUUUCAUGGUUCUCAAUCGAUCCAGACAUCCCUUCA